CCAACCGCAUCGCCGCCGUUUGUCCUCAUCGCUGCCAGGGCCGUCGCUAGGGAGCUCGCGCGAGUUGGACGGGCUGUCUUCUCGCACCGUCGCCGCCACCGUCGAGCCUUGUCGUCGUCACGCAAGACGCCACCACUGCCGUCAAUCGAAGCUGCCACUGCUGUCGUUAGGGCACGUUGUUGCUGCUGUUGGGUUCGCCGCAGGGAGGAGUCCGAGCAAGGAAAGGAAGAAGGUGGCAAUGGAGACCUCUGCUGCUGUUACUAUCGGUGUUCUAGAGCUCGCAGUUACUGCCGUUGUUGGUGAUGAACCAGGUUGUGUCCUUGCUGCUGAUUGAUUGUAGUGGGAGAUGUUCUUGAGUCAUUAUUGUCAUUGUGCGGCGCUGCCGCCCUUGUUUGGAACUACUGAAUGUUGUUGCCGCGGGAUUGCGUUGGAAUUGUCACUGCUGCUGUGAGUUUAGACUAAAUGGAAUUGUUACGUUAAACUCUGCGAUUACAACAUCGAAAUGCUUCUCCGACGAACUACCACCCUCAUCAACAACCACCGCCUCCUUACAACAAUCGCCACAACAGGCAACAACCCCAUUACUCCGGUGAACCAGGACCAGCUCCGCCGAGUCUGCACUAUCUUGUAUCAGCAACAAAACAUGCCCGAGUCACGCCUCAACUCGAAACUCGCCUCCACUGAGUUCCAACUCACCCACGAGUUCUUCCUUCAAGUUUGCAACACCUUCCCCUAUUCAUGGAGACCUGUUUACCGCUUCUUCCAAUACACACAGCAACAAAACCCCACUUUCCCUCACACCAUUGUGUCCUUCAACAAGAUGCUCGACGUAAUUGGAAAGUCUCGUAACAUUGACCUCUUUUGGAGCCUUCUUUCUGAUAUGGCACGACGGUGUUUUGUUAACGAUAAGACCUUCAUUAUAGCCCUCAAGACUUUGGGUGGUGCUAGGGAAUUGAAGAAAUGUGUUGAGGUAUUCCACUUGAUGAAUGAAAAUGGGUUUGGCUACAAUCUGGAGACACUAAACAAGGUUGUUGGAGCAAUGUGUGGUUGCAAGCUUGUUGAUGAGGCUAAGCAUGUUGUCUUGAAGUUGAGGGAUUUGGUUACCCCUGAUGCAGUUACUUAUAGGAUCUUGAUUCAGGGUUAUUGUGAUAAGGGUGAAUUGAUUGAGGCUUCAAAGGUUUGGAAUUUGAUGAUGGAUGAUGGGGUUAGGCCUCAGUUGGAAGCUUAUGAGAAAAUGAUGGAGAUUUUUUUCAAGAAGGAUAUGUGUGGCGAGGCGUUGAAGCUCUUCCGGACAAUAAGGUUUAAGAGGAUGGACGAGCUCCGGGAUUCGAGUUAUAAGUUGGUGAUCAAAUGGUUGUGUAGGAAAGGGAUGAUGUGUGAUGCACAAGAGGUGUUUGAUGAAAUGCGUAGUCGAGGGAUUCAAGUUGAUAACUUGACUCUGGGAUCUGUGGUUUACGGACUUGUCUCAAGACAUAGGGUUAGGGAGGCUUAUCAGGUUGCGAAGGAGAUUGAUUCACCGGAUAUAAGUGUAUAUCAUGGAUUGAUCAAAGGGCUUGUGAGGUUGAGGCGGGCCAGAGAGGCGACUGAAGUGUUUAGGGAAAUGAUUAGGAGAGGUUGUGAACCAACAAUGCAUACCUAUAUAAUGUUGUUGCAAGGGCAUUUGGGGAGGAGAGGUAGGAAGGGGUCUGAUCCACUUAUCAAUUUUGACACUAUCUUUGUUGGUGGUUUGGUGAAGGUGGGAAAAUCGAAAGAAGCUGGAAAGUAUGUGGAGAGGGUGAUGAACAGAGGGCUUGAGGUGCCAAGGUUUGAUUACAAUAAAUUCUUGCACCACUUUUCAAAUGAGGAAGGUGUGGUUAUGUUUGAGGAGAUGGGGACGAAGUUGAGAGAGGUCGGUUUGGUUGACUUGGCAGACAUAUUUGAGAGAUAUGGACAAAAGAUGGCUACUAGGGAUAGGAGAAGGAACAGAUUUCCAAUAUCAGAAGACACUAAGGAUGUGUAAAUCUAAUUGUUAAACAAAUUGGCAAAUGAAUGAAAACUGGAAAAUAUUGUGUGUACAUCCAGCACUGUGAUACAGUGCCAUCUUACUCUCCA